CGGUGAGCAUAUAAAAGCAGUACACUUUCUAGCGUGCCUGACUCCCACCAGGUGCAGAGUCUUUCUCUACUGAGAAAAACCGGCUCGACUAUUGGCGUCAGUCACUUCAGCCACUCGACCAAUAUCAUCAUCAGUGGAUGUCAUCUAUUACUGUGAAUUGUAAUUUUUAGUUAUUUAUUAGUUCUUCUUAAUAUCAGUGAUCUAAAAAUGGGUGAAAAGACAAUAAAAAAGUUUUAAUUAACAAAUAAGUUUAUUUGGACUGAUUUGUUUCUAAGUUGGCAUUAAUUUCCGUUAUCUAACAUAUCAUCACAUUCAAUCUGAGCAGUGUAUAUAAAAUAAAAGUUUUAUUCCUUUACGUUACGUGAGCGAACAAUCAAAUGUUGGAUAUUCUAAAAUGGAUGGUGUGUUUUUGUUUAUAACUGAUUCAAGAAAGACUAAAUUUUUAAUAAUUUGAAGAUAUCUGGGCAGAUGAAGAAAUUAUCUAUAACAAGGUUUCAUCACCGCAGUCGAUGUCGGGUUAUUGAAUAAUUUCAUUGGACACAACACAUACUUCUAGAAACGAAACAAGUCAACGUGAUUGUAAUAUUCAAUACAAUUAAUUGAGAUUUCGGAUCUCACGACAGAAUGUCACCAGUGUAUGGCGAUGAACACGGAUUAAAUCAGAAUCAACAAAAUUACAGCAAUAGAUGCCCGAUUGAACGAGAAGUUCUCGUUUCAUCAGCUGACAGAAACUCGAAAAUUCCAAUUCUCAACGAAUACAUACAGCGGAACAGUGCGAAGGUUGCGAUCGCACCCGAUGCUCCAGUAAAGCAGCAGGCUUGGGUGCAAAAUGUAGAACAGCCACAAGAUCAGAGUUCAGAAAAAGAUUCAAAAAGUUUUACCAAGCAAGAGGUUAACUCUUUUCACGUCUCAGACUCAGUCUCUCAAAAUCUGAAAUCGGAAGACGAACGUACAAAAUCACUUUCACGAACUUAUCACACAAUUAAAGAUAUGAUUUCCAGUCGUUUUGGUCCAUCCAAAAAAGACAUUCACCUUAAUCCCAAAGAAUUAAAUAAUGUACCUGAAGAUCGACGGAAAUCAGGUCAAACUAUUGAACGUGAAGAGCAAAAUGGAAACCAAAAAAAUACCGGAUACGGUCAUAGUCUUAUUCAAGAUACGUCAUCCUGCAAUAUGGAACAGUAUCUUACACAACAGCAAUAUGGUGGGCAACAAAACCAAUCAUAUCAUCAAAGUCCUCAGCAAAAUCUACUUUUACCAGGUCAACUUCAAACAAUACCACAAACUCAGCAAUCUUUCUCCGGUCAAAGUGCCCAACUUCACGUCAGUCACAUCUCUCCACCAGGCGGAGUUCAGACUGUACAUCAGACUCAGAUAGCGACAUGUCGACAAAAACUUCAGCUUCGUAAUGAUUAUAGGAUACCAGGACCAAAUUCAAUUCCACACGUUACACAUCAUGAUUUAUCACAGCUUCAGCAGCAACCAGUUGGUACACAUGGAGUACCAUUGCAGAAUAUUGCAGGAACAAAUGUACUUCUUCAAAGUCCUCAGUUGUUAAUUCAUCAUAAUCAGUUACACCAAAGUUCAAGAUUUUCACAGCAGCACGUCCAAAGUAUCAAUCAAAGACAUAUCCUUCAACAAAUGAACCACCACCAUCACCACCACCAACAACAACAACAACAACAACAACAACAACAACAACAACAACAACAACAACAACAACAACAACAACAACAACAACAACAACAACAACAACAACAACAACAACAACAACAACAACAACAACAACAACAACAACAACAACAACAACAACAACAACAACAACAACAACAACAACAUCAACGACAAGCAAUUAUUUCAGCAUCUUUAUCUCAUCAACAUGCAAGACAAAUAAUUUCAAAGUCGCAAAUGGAUUUACCUAGUACGUUGAAUCAAAGUUCCGAGCAUAAAAUUGAAGACAUUUACUAUCAUUAUAAUCAGGGCAGACCAAAGUAUUCAGGUAGACCUCAGAUUUAUAUUAAACAAGAUAACAAUCAAGAUUCUGAGAAUCAAAAAAGAAAUUCAGUCGGUCGCACGGAAAGAGCAUCUUCACAACUUCAACUGUGCUAUAAUAGUAUUCAAAAUGCUGAGCAUGAAAUUAUUGAUAAUAAUGAAACAAAAAAAUACCUUAAAAAUAAUUCGGUACUUAUAAAACAUGAGAAUACCAUUGAUGAUCAGGAACAAGAGAUUGCCUCUGAUGUACAUGUAACUGAAAAAAUAGAUAAAAGUUCAGAAAGAAAAAAAGAGGAUGUUAAAAAUUUGAAUAUCCAACAACAAUUAAAUACUGAGAAUGGGAAACAAGACGAAAAAUUCAGUAUGCAAAAGAAAAACGAAGAAUCAAUGAAAAAUGAUAUAAAAAAAAAUAUAGUUGAGGGGAACCAUACAAAAUUAGGACAGGCUAUAAGACAAGUAAAUAAAGCUGCCGAUAGAAUCGGAGAGACGACUAAAAAAAACGAAACAAAUUACCAAGAAAGAUUAGAUAGUGCAAAGAAUGAUAUUGAGCAAGGAAUAUCGAAGCUCAAAUUUCAAAACAAAGGAUCAGGCUCUGAUUACGAUAAAGCUGGACAAAGUUCCAGUAAUGUUGAUUCUGGAAGGGGCUCUGCAAUAUAUUCUAGUGGCAGAAAACCUCUCCUUGAUGGUCUGAAUAACCAAGGUCAUGAUUCAGAGUGGGUUGACAUCGUAGAAUCUGAACUGCGUAGUAUUCUUGAACCCAGAGAUGUUCUAGCAAUGGCGCACUCGACAUUAUCAGAAAGUGUUUCUUCUGUGACACCUCCUCUACCGCCACUUUCAUCUGAUAGUCCAUUAACACAAAGAAAUCGAUACUCCAUCAGUUCACCUUAUGGAGUUAAACCUAAUUAUGCUGACUACAGCAAACAUAUUGAGAAGCAAAAUUUCGAAGGAAGUACUAAGCAACGCGCAACAUCAACUUUGAAAAAGGAUUCUUCGAAAAAAUUUUCUCAUCUUUUCGGAUUCGAAGUUGCUGAUCUAACAUCAACGACAACUGGACUGGAUCUGGAUUCAGUGCUUGAUCGCAGUGAUUCUGAUUUAAGUACAAAUGAUACAAGAACGAUAAGAAAACAACUAGAAGGACUAGAGAAUAUGUACGGUGAGGUAUUAAAGCUUCUUAGUGGAAGUGUUAAAAAACGAAGAAAAGCCAGAGGACUUGCAAGUUAUGGUUCUGUUUCAUCCCUGCCAACAUCAUCAGUUUCUUCAAGACCAGUUCCACGCCACAAUGACAAAAAACGAUACCACGCUGUCGAUGACCGAACGAAAAAAGCUAAGGACUUAAAAAGCAUCAAUAAACGUUUCCAACGGCUUGAAUCUCAUGUUGUAACCUUGGCAAGAUCAGUUGCACAUUUAUCUUCAGAAAUGCGUACUCAACAUUUGAUGAUCCAAGAGAUGGAAAAUAUUAGAAGCGAAAUGACAGCUCUGCGAACACAAACAAAUAUGGCAAUGGUGAGAUCUCAAUCACAACCAAUACUCAAAGAUUCGGAUCUUCCAGCGUUAUCAAAUCCUUCUCGUGUGAAGAAACUCACCAAAUUUUUUGGCACAGAACCUCCACUCAUCAGGCUAUUUCUUCGAGAACUUGGCUAUGAGAAAUAUGCAACAGCCUUUGAAAAUGAAAAAGUCGGCAUGGUUGAAUUGCCUUAUCUAAGUGAGGAAAGACUCCAAAAAAUAGGUGUUCCUUUGGGACCAAGAUUAAGGAUUCUUCAAGAAGCAAGGAUAUCAGUUUGCAAAGAUCCUGUAUAUGUUAUUUGAAUCAAAGAAAGAGAACUCUCAAAGUUUUUAAUAAUUUUUAUUUCUUAACUGUUUAAGUUAUAUUUUUAAUUUUUAUAAUAUGAUGAUCAAAUUACAUUUUUAAAAAUAUUGUUACUAUCAUUUAUUUUAUGCUAAAUUAACUUGAAUAAAAUAAUUACUUCUAUACGUUAUUUCAACAUUUCAUAAUAGUAAACUACAUUUUUUUCUUUGUAAAUUUUACCUUCAAAUAAAUGUUUCAGGUUCGCUAA